AGGGUCGUUCUUACACCCAUUUUGAGGUUCUUUUGUACGUGUUGUCAUGACGCAUUUGUCUGCCUCCCUUCUGCAUUUUAAAAAAGAGGUUUGGCAUUGAGGUAAAGAUGACCACCAUCCACCACCUCUGGAUCCUGCUGGUCAUUCACAGUGUAUUUGUGUGUGGCGACAUUCAGUUCCUGGAGAGGCAGGAGGGUGAUUCGGUGGACCUUCCGUGCACCAUCAAGCCCAGCAGCCGCUCUCCUUUGGGCUUCUACAUGAGGCGCACGUGGCUGCACCCUGGUCAAGUGCUCUUCAAAUACACCGACACAGAGGCGCACGUGAACGUCGCCGCCGACAGACGUCGCCUGGAGAUCGGCGGCGACCCGAGCAGCCACUCUCUGAUCGUCACCUUAUCUGACCUGAGAGCCAAUGACACGGACCGCUACAAUUGCGAGUUUGUGGUGGCCAAUCCGUCUUCUGAGGACGAACACGUGCCUGGAGAGACAGAAUUUUUCCUCCUGGUUAAUCCCGCGGACAUAGGGCGCAUCGAUGUGUGCGCGGGGGGCUCAGCCAUCGUCUCGUGUCUCCCCCCUCACGGCGAGGACCUUCCUGUGGAGGGCGUGAGCCUGACGCGGCGAAGGGGCCGAGCUCCCGUGGAGCUGCUCUACCACACCAAGCGGCACCUCGGCGACGGGCCCGCCUCCACCUCCUCCUCCUCACGAUUCCAGCUGUGGUCGGCUCCGGGCCCCCGGGGCUUCACGUACAACCUCACCCUGCGACAUCUGCAGCCUGAGGAUAGCGGCCUGUACAGCUGCCAGCUUCUUCUACGCGGCCGUCCCGAUACUAGCGCCGCGCUACACAUGAAACAAGCCGUCUUUGUUUCCGUGGGAGGAGGUCAAUGCGGCUGCUCCAGCUACCCAACUCUGCUGUAUGCGCUGUCCUCGGCCGUCUUGGUCCUUAUCGUGCUCCUCGCUUUGAUGCUCAUCUAUCAUAAGCGAGCACGCAGCCGUGCCGCCUCACGCCCUCCGGCGCCCAUCUACGAGGAGAUGACCGGUGUGAAGACCUUCAGUGCCAAGCUGGACGACACCGAGGUGUCCGAGUAUCGCAACUCCAAAGUGAAGAAAAACUGCCCGGAAAAUCAUUACGAAACUCCCAUUCGGUCAGCUUUUUAAAUAUCAUUAGCUCCUUCGUAG